GAGGAGAGAGGUAGACUUUCAGUUCUAGCCCACAAACACAGUGAAACCGUAGACGUUCCCUUAUGCAUUUUUAACAGCUCAGCAGACGAUGGGAACAGUUUGGUUCGGACACUUCGUCCACAGAUAGAGGAGAUAUCGGCUGAGUGUUUUUUCACCUGCGAGGGUGUGAGAAGCAUCACUUCACUACCUGGAAAGGGAAAGUAUUUAUUUCCAGCUUAUGCAACACCACAGCAUCCUGCUCACCUUUCACCUCACAUGUGAAAUCAACAGGAGACCACUCAGCUGAUACAGAAGUUAAUAACAGGAUGCCUGGAUCCAGCGGGGUCAACGUAGAAGGCUCUUGUGAGGCCUUAUGCCGAACCCUGGUGUCUCAGAAAGGCCUGCAGAGAGAAACGGCCGACAUCUCCCAGUCCGUGCUCUACACCUCGCUGAUGGGGCUGCUCCUGGUCACUGACAACGAGAAAGAGAAUCUUGUUUUAGGGAGCGGACGAGUUGGCCUCAGAAACAUAGGAAACUCGUGUUUCCUGAAUGCUGUGCUCCAGUGUUUGUCUCACACACACGUCCUGAGAAACUAUUGCCUCCUCAAGUCGUACAAAUGUGAGAAGUUCUCCAAAGACGAGGCGAAACUCAUGGAAGCUUUCUCUCGGGUACUCUCAGGCCUUUGGGACAGAGCCGAAGGAGAAAAAGUUGUGAACCCUCAUCAGUUUUACAGUAUUUUUAAAGAAACAGUGCCUUACUUCAGUGGUUACAGUCAACAGGAUGCUCAGGAGUUCCUCAGGUUCCUACUGGACAAGCUCCACACCGAAAUAAACCGCAGGCCCAAUGUAAAAAGAACAGGGAAGGAGCCUGAGCAAAAAUAUGCCAGAAUUAGGAUUUCUGAAGAAGCUUCUGCAACCUGGAAGAAACAACUGGAGAGAGAUGACAGUUUUAUAGUAGAUCUGUUCUCAGGUCAGCUGAGGAGCUCGCUCCAUUGCUCGGUUUGCUCCCACUACUCCAACACGUUUGAUGUGUUUUGUGAUCUGUCGCUGCCCAUUCCCAAAAGGAGCUUUGGAGGGGAGGUCACACUACGGGAGUGCCUGGACCUCUUCUCUCAGGAGGAAAAGCUGGACAAGGAAAAUUCACCAAUGUGUGAGAGGUGCAACAGGCGUACAGAGUGCACCAAGCGCCUGUCCAUCCAGAGAUUUCCCCAGGUCAUUGUGAUUCAUCUGAAUCGGUUUACAACCUCCAGGUGGUCGAUCAGUAAAAGCACGGUGUACGUGUCGUUUCCCCUCGUGAACCUGGACCUCGGGCCCUACGGACCUGUUGACUGUGGCUCAGUUCUGUAUAAUUUAUAUGCUAUCUGUAACCAUGCUGGGACUGUGAACAUGGGCCACUACACAGCCUGCUGUUUAGAUGAAAACGGUUGGUGCUUCUACAACGACUCCAGUGUGACCCCACUUGCUGAGAUGCAGCUGCAGAGCAAUCAAGCUUAUGUGCUCUUCUACCAGCGCAGCAAUAGCACCACCACAGCCAGGAAAUAAUCCUGCCAAUGGCUGAGCCAAGCAGCCAAUCGGAGUACUCGCCUCCCAUAUCCAUAGAAACAAAUAGAAGCUGCAGCACGGUUAUCCUGAUAUCUACAGUAAAGACUUCUCAGUCUCAAUGAGCAGCAGAAGCCAUGCUUGCUAUAACAAAUGAAACCUUGAUAGUCCUUUUGGAGCAUCUCAGAGAUCUGAGCUGGCUUAGAGAGACUGUAGCCAUAAAUCUCAGUGUCCUAAUUCUCAGGCAGGAAUGAGUGAGUGAGUGAUGAGUGUUUGAUGUGUGCCUACACAGAACAAUAUUUGCAGAGAUUGUGAUUUAUGUACAAGAAACAUGAUUCUUGCUUGCAAAAAUAACCAUGAUGCAAAAAAUUGAUUAAAUGGAAGUUGAAUUGAUAAAAAGUGUCAUGGCAGAUUCAUUUUACAGAUUAUUCAUUUUGAGUCAAUAGCUAUAUUAGACUAUUUUUUUAUUUGCAAAAGUGAAUACAAAUCUAUAAAAUUUUUGGUAAAACUGCUAAAUAUGUUGGACAAAUCGCUUCAACGAGAGUGGGAAACAGAGAUGAAGAAGGAAAAUUACCCCUUGAUCUCACUGGUACAUCUGAAGUAUAAAAGGCUGCAUAAGAAGUCAGAGGUUAGGAGCUCUGCACUGGAGGUAACAUUCAUAACUGUGGUUGAUGGUCAUAGCUAAAUGCAAUUGUCUUUCUGUUAAGACCAAGAAGUACCUAGGAAAUUUACUCUAUAUUUGGAUAUUCUAUGACAGCCUGGAAAAAUGAUCGUAAUCUGCAGUUAAAGGUAUUGGCCAGACUCGGUAUUAAAAUUGUAGGAAUGCAGUAUAACUACACUUUACCAUCUAUAUGACCUAGGUUCAGUUUUUCAUUUUGUUAAGGAGUUUAGUCAUAAAUCAUUACAGAAAAUCCAAAUCCUCUCCUCCAGAGAAUGAAGUACUGUGUUUCACAUGCGACACUCCAACACGUUAAACAAGGCUGCUGUUGCUAGUGUCUGACCGUAUUUUGUUUACUUUCGUGCUCUUAAUUAUUACAGAAAAUUGUGUUUACAGCUGCAACAAAAGGUCUGAGCCAUAUGACUGUGUCCUACGCGCAUUUUUAAAUAACAUGAUCUGAUCUAAAAUAUUAACCUACAUCUAUAUUAACCUACAUCUAUAAAUCCAUCUAGAACCGCACCGCUACUUCUGAACUCCAGACGAGUCCCGUUAGCACGACUGCAGCAUAACCGUGUUUGCGCCGGUAAGGAAAAAACAAGUAAUUUGGGAAAGCUAUUAUCUAGACACCAAAUGCAAAUGACCCGAAGGAUAUGUUCAUUGGCUGAGAGCCUCCGUUCCACUCUACAUUGAUGCAGUAGUUUGUUGCAAAAAGAGGUUCCACAAAGUUUUGGUGCAAAACAAAACAUCCUUUUUAUAAGCCUGACAUUUCCUUUCCUGGUGUUUGGGUUCCUAUCUGUGGUGCCAUAAUCAUGAGAACUACAAGGAAUAAAUGCUUGAAAUGUUUCUGUGUAACUGAAUCUACGAGUUUACCUUUCACGAAUGAUGAACAAUAUUGAAAUUUUUUAUGAUAUUCUGAGUUUUUAAGAUGCAUCUGUAUUCUGACAGAUUUGCUGGUAUGACUGCUGUUACUUGUUACUACUUGGAAGUAUGUGAGGACUUGGUUCAGUGAAUAAACCAGACUGGUUCCUUUUGAGUCUGUUGUUUUGGUUCUUGGUUACUAAAUCCUAAACUUGUUUAGCUUGUUUUUUCCAGCCAUGGCUAUGGGGAAGAAGCUAGUGAUGGUUGGGGAUCACUCUUGUGGGAAGAACAGUCUGCUCAAGGUUUUCAGUGAAGGCCAGUUUCCUGAAAGUUACGCCUCAUUUCAGACUUGUGUUGCAAACACUGAAGUGGAUGGAAGACUGGUGAGAGACGACUUUUAUGAAGGUUUUAAUUUGUUGCAAGAGUUAUGAAUCCUAUGUAAUGUUUUAAAAGCAACAUAUAAUUCAUAUAAUAAUCUGGUUUGCUUAUAUGCCCCUAAUGGAGAUGAUCCUACUUUUACCAGCAUUUCUUUUUAACUAUUUCCUCUUAUUCUGGCCAUUACAUAACAGGAGGUGAUUUUAACUGUGUGAUUAACCCUGUGGUUGAUAGAUCAAACACCCAUGUUACUCCCUCUCACCAGCAAACUAGAACAAUGAUUGGGAAAUUUAUGAAGGACCUCAACUUGAUGGAGGUGUGGAGACUAUUACACCCUAAUAAAACUGAGUUCUCGUGUUUCUCUAGCACCCAUAAAACAUAUUCACGUAUUGAUUUUUUCCUGAUCUCAACAAAUCUAACGUCUCUGAUACAAAAAUGCUGGUAUGAAGCUAUUUUACUUUCCGAUCAUGCCCCAGUCAUUUUAUCUCUUCUACUGCCGUACCUUUUACUCCAGCCACUCCCAUUUCGUUUCCAAGCAAAAUGGUUGAGAUAUACAGAGUUCGUAAAAUUCAUAGAUGGGAAGAUAAAUGAUUAUUUCACUUUUAAUACGAACCAAACAAAUGCAUCAAUAAGAUGGGAAGCCUUUAAGGCCUAUAUAAGGGGAUAAAUGAUAAGCUAUACUAAGAGCAAAUCCAAAAUCCAUUUGAACAAACUAAAGGAACUUGAAGAACAAAUUAAAGAAUUACAGGACCACUUAUAUCACCACAAUGAUGUUGAAAAAUACAAAAAACUCCUUCUGUUAAAGUCAGAAUAUAAUGAACUCAGCACAAAUAAGAUAGCUACAAAUCUAAUGUGGUUGAAGCAGUCCUAUUAUGAUCAAUGGGAGAAGGCAGGGAAGCU